AUGAAAGAAGGAAUCAAGAGAACAGAACGAAGUGAAGUUCUAAAAGAAAGGAAAAGAACGAGUAGAAAUGAUGAAACGAUAAAUUUUGAUGCAAUGAUAUAUUUAUUAGUUAAAGAAGGAUAUGAAGUAAUUGUUAAAAGAUCAAAAAAAACAAGUAAAACAAUUAAAAUGCUUCUUCCAGAAAGUAUAAGUAAAAAUGGGAAAACAUUGAAAGUUCAAGAUAUUUGUUUACUUUCAAAUACACUUUUAAAUGCACUUGGUUAUACAAGAAUGGAUUCAAAAACAAUUAGUAAAAUGACUAAGAAACAAGCCAAACGUACACAAGAAGCACAAUUAAAUAAUGGAAUUAUUUCAUUACUUAUAAAUGAAGGAUAUUUAUUUUCUGAAAAGAAAGUUAAAACAGCACAUUUAACUGAAAGACUCAUUAGAAUUACUAGUAUUUUUAAAGAUGGUAAAAUAUUUGGAAGAGAUGAAUUAAUUGAAAUGGGAAAAUUAACUCUUCGUCUUAUGGAACAACACCAAACUGAUACCUUCAUUCAAUUUAAUCAACACACAUUGUUUAACAUCCCUUCUUCUUUCCUUUCAUUUAUAAAUCUUCCUACAUCAUCAGAUUUGAUUCUUUCCACACCACAACUUAUUAAUUUGAAUUAUCAUCAUGACUCUUCUUAUUUCAAUCUAUUAAAUUAUGAUUACUCUUAUGAUAAUGCUGAUCUUAUCCCUUUCUCUUCUUUUCUUCAUUCCUCUUUUUAA